AUGGAGUACAUUACGCAAGGCCAAUGUCAAUAUUUUGUGGUGAGGAAGAAGAGACUCUGCCGUAUGACUGUGCGGCCAGGCCGGCAGUAUUGCGGGGAGCACGAACCUCAACCACCUGAGUCUGAGUGUCAGGAUGAUAGGCGAAUACCGUGCCCAAAUGAUCCCAAACACACAGUGUAUGUCAGUAAACUGGAGAAGCAUCUUUCUAUCUGCAAUGCUCGCGCUAGGGACCAGCCUCCUUAUAUUGUGCCAAACAUCAAUGCACCCACUGAUGGAGAGAUGUGUGUCCGCAUGCCACUUGCACAGCUACCUCGGGAGACAAUCAUGCAAGUCAUUGACAAAAUUAACUAUUUGUAUGACAAGCAUGUGGAGGGUAACAUCACAACAUUCCCUGAACAUCCAAUCCACAACACUAUAGUUGAAGAGUUCUCAGAGAGUGACCGCACAGAGAGCUCACGCAGACAUCUGCGGCAGGUGUCCGCACUGCUGCAUCUGGCGGAAGAGGAGGGUCUCGUCGGCGCGGGUACAUGCUACGUCGAACUGGGAGCCGGGAAAGGUCACAUGUCGUACUACGCGUGGCAGGCGUGGGGCGCGCAGGGCGGCGCGGUGGUGCUGCUGGACCGCGCGGCGCUGCGCCACAAGCGCGACAACAAGCUGCGCGCCGCGCGCCGCCUGCGGGCCGACCUGCGCCACCUGCACCUGCCGCGCCUGCCCGAGGUGGCGGCCGCGCCCGCGCUGCUGGGGCUGGCCAAGCAUCUGUGCGGCGUCGCCACCGACUACGCGUUACGCUGCGUGAGCGUCGAGGCGGGCGCGGGCCUGGAGGCGGGCGCGGUCCUAGAGGCGGGCGCGGGGCUGGAGGUGGGCGCGGGCCCGCGGCGGCGCGGCGUCCUGCUGGCGACCUGCUGCCACCACCGCUGCGAGCUGGCCGCCUUCUUCGCGCCCGGACACAUGCAGGAGCUGGGUAUAACCGGUGAGGAAUUCAACGUGAUGCUGGGCAUCGUGUCGUGGGCGACGUGUGGCGACGGCCGCAGCAGAGACUCGCGCAACAAGCCCGACACCACCGGGGGCGCGGACCUCGUGCAGGACGCAGAGCGUGCAGUGGUGCAGGAGGCGGAGCGUGCAGUGGUGCAGGAGGCGGAGCGUGCAGUAGUGCAGGAGGCGGUGCCAGUGGAGUCCCGCGAGGCGGUGGGACGGCGCGCCAAGCAACUGCUGGACUGGCUGCGUGUGCUACGGCUGCGGGAGUUGGGGUUCGAUGCUAGACUGUGCUUCUACGUGCCUGUUACUGUGUCUCCAGAGAAUGUGUGUAUUGUUGCGAAAAAAAUUAGCUGA